AUGCAGACUGCUUCUACAAACAUUUAUGAAAGAAUGGGUCGCUCUCAGGAGCUCAGUUAAUUCAAGCAUGCUACUAAAUAUUCCAUGGUCAAUUUUUAAAGGUAUUAUAACAAAGUGGAAGCAACUGGGAACCACAGCAACUCAGCCACAAAGUGGUAGGCCAUGUAAAAUGACAGAGUGGGGUCAGCUCAUGCUGAAGCUCACAGUGCGCAGAAGUCGCCAACUGUCUGCAGGGUCAAUAGCUAAAAAUCUCCAAACUUUGUGAGACCUUCAGAUUAACCCAACAACAGUGCGUAGAGAGCUUUAUGGAAUGGGUUUUC